GCAGCCCCCAGGAGCCACCGCCCCCUCGUCGCGGUGCUCGCGCUCAGUGCUGCGUGAAGUCCGGCGCGGCUGGGGCUGCCCGAUGGUCCCCAGCUGGGGGAAGCACGGGCGGAGGGAGGAUGACCUCUCCUUGGGGUCACAGUGCCGACCUGGCCCGCUUCUACACUGUCACCGAGCCCCAGCGACACCCCAGGGGCUACACGGUCUAUAAGGUUACUGCACGGGUUGUUUCACGAAGAAAUCCAGAGGACGUCCAGGAGAUAAUCGUGUGGAGGAGAUACAGCGACUUUAAGAAGCUGCACAGAGAAUUAUGGCAAAUUCACAGGAAUGCAUUUCGACACUCUGAGCUAUUUCCCCCGUUUGCUAAAGGAACCGUGUUUGGGCGAUUUGACAAAACUGUGAUUGAGGAGCGACGGCAGUGUGCUGAGGACCUGCUGCAGUUCUCUGCCAACAUCCCCGCCCUGUACAACAGCAGGCAGCUCCAGGACUUCUUCAAGGGUGGGAUAAUUAAUGACGGCUCUGAAUUAAUUGGCCCUGCUGACGCUUACCCGGACUCCCCCGCCAACACCUUCCCUGAGUGUGGUGCCGAAGGAUUCUCCAGUGACAGUGACCUUCUGUCCCUCACUGUUGAUGUGGACUCUCUUGCCGAGGUAGACGAUGGAAUGGCUUCCCGUCAGGGUUCUCCCAGUAGAACUUUUGGUCUGAGUCUGUCUACAGAUUCUUCGGCAGUAGGGGCUGUUGCCUCUGACAGUGAAGCAAGCAAAGCAGAAGGCCGAGAAAGCCGCAGCCUCUUCCCCAGCAGCUUAAAGCCGAGGCUUGGCAGGAGAGAUUACCUGGAGAAGGCAGGGGAGCUUAUCAAGCUGGCCUUAAAGAAGGAGGAGGAAGAUGACUACGAAGCUGCUUCUGACUUUUACAGGAAGGGCGUCGAUCUGCUCCUAGAAGGUGUACAAGGAGAGUCGAGCCCCACACGCCGGGAGGCUGUGAAGAGAAGAACUGCAGAGUACCUCAUGCGUGCAGAGAGCAUCUGUGGUCUCCGGGCCACGCCUCCGCUCCACACGGGACCUCAGCCUCCAGGAUCACUAAGUUCAAGGCCCCCUUGGAACCUGAGGAGCCCCGCCGAGGAGCUGAAGGCCUUCAGAGUCCUUGGGGUGAUUGACAAGGUUUUACUUGUAAUGGACACAAGGACAGAACAGACAUUCAUUUUAAAAGGUCUAAGGAAAAGCAGUGAGUGCAGCAGGAACAGAAAGACCAUCAUCCCCCGCUGCGUGCCUAACAUGGUGUGUCUGCACACGUACAUCGUCUCGGAGGAAUCGGUGUUUCUUGUGCUGCAGCGCGCCGAAGGUGGCAAACUCUGGUCGUAUAUUAGUAAAUUUCUGAACAGAAGCUCUCGAGAAAGCUUGGACAUUGAGGAAGUGAGGCCGUCCAUGCCUCCUCAAGUGUGUCUGCAGCAGCCAAGUGCCAGUCCUCAGGGUGGCAGCAGCUUCGAGUCCCGAGGGAGCGACACGGGGAGCAUGCUGAAGGUUCUGCCUCUGAAGAUGAGUCUCACCCCGAGUUCUCAAGACGACAGUAACCAGGAGGAUGACGCCCAGGACAGCUCUCCCAAGUGGCCGGACUCGGGCUCCAGUUCAGAGGAAGAAUGCACAGCUGGCUACCUAACGCUGUGCAACGAGUAUGGGCAAGAAAAGAUUGACCUGGCAUCUCUGAAUGAGGAGUCUGUCUCGCAGCCUGAAGGGGACAAGGCUGAUACCCAAGCUGUUAGGAGUUUCCCAGCAUCCCUCACUACUGACAGUGCGAGCCCUAGCACCCAGCUCAAGUUCUGCCCUGGAGAUGAGGACCUAGAAGCAGUUUCUUCUCCUCGAGCAUCUGAUUCCCUCAGUAGGUCAAAAAACAGCCCUAUGGAGUUCUUCAGGAUAGACAGCAAAGACAGCACGAGUGAACUCCUGGGGCUGGAUUUUGGUGAGAAGUUACACAGUCUGAAACCAGAGCCUUCGAAAGCGCUCUUUACCCUUGAAGAUGGAGACAGUCCUUCCCAGAGUUUUGAUACUAGCAAGAGCAAGGGAGAGAGUGAAGCUCAGGACUCCAUCAGCAGGGGCUCAAAUGACUCCGUCCCAGUUAUCUCAUUUAAAGAGGCUGCCUCUGAGGAUGUCGGUGGUGCUGAGGAAGGAAGGCCUGACCUUCUUGUGAAUUUACCUGGUGAGCUGCAGCCAACCAAAGAGGCUUCAGCAAUGGACCCUACUAAGUUUUCACAGGCCAGUGCAGGCAGGCUGGAAAGUAAACUGUUGGAAGCCCCGGAUGUGUUGUGCCUCAGGCUGAGUUCUGAACAGUGUCGUGGCCUUGGAAAAGGUGGCCCAGAGGGACUGAGCGAUCCCACUGAAUUCUGUCCUGGUGGUGUGUCCCCAGAGCACGCUGCUCAGGCAGAUCCUGGGGUGGCAUUCAUGGCUGCCGUUGAUCACAGGAGCUCACGAGACCAGUUUCUGUCUUCCAGCUUACAUUCCGAGUCUGACGGGCUGGGGCAGGUGGAGGUAGCGGUCACUGCACAGGACUUGCAAGAAAGCCUGUUCCACAUUUCUAGUCCAUGCUCAGGUGCUAAAGAACACAGUGCACACUCAGACACUGCCACAUCGGAGGAGGUGUUGCUGUUCACAGAGCCAACUAAAGAAGAGGCGAACUCUCUGUUCCAGAGAGACUCAGAGGCCAAGGAGCGAAGUGUGGGAGCCGGGGGAGCCGACAAGGAAGUCCAUCAGAUCUUUGAGGACCUAGAUAAGCGAUUAGCAGUAAGCUCUAGGUUCUCCAUCCCAGAGGGCUGCGUUCAGAGAUGGGCAGCGGAAAUGGUGGUAGCCCUUGACGCCUUGCACAGAGAGGGGAUUGUGUGCCGAGAUCUGAACCCAAACAACAUCUUAUUGAAUGAUGGAGGACACAUUCAGCUAACGUAUUUUAGCAGGUGGAGUGAGGUUGAAGAUUCCUGUGACAGCGAUGCCGUAGCGAGGAUGUACUGCGCCCCAGAGGUUGGAGCAGUCACGGAAGAAACUGAAGCCUGUGAUUGGUGGAGCCUGGGUGCUGUCCUCUUUGAACUUCUCACUGGCAAGACAUUGGUGGAGUGCCACCCAGCGGGAAUAAAUACCCACACUACUUUGAACAUGCCAGAUUGUGUCUCUGAAGAGGCUCGUUCACUCAUUCAACAGCUCCUGCAGUUCAACCCUAUGGAGCGCCUGGGUGCUGGAGUGGCUGGUGUUGAAGAUAUCAAAUCUCACCCGUUUUUCACCCCGGUGGAUUGGGCAGAACUGACAAGAUGAGCACCACAUGGAGUGUCCUUACCAGACAGGUCCCCUUGUGACAGAGCUCCAGGAGUGUCUGGGCUUCCGGCACCCUGCAGCUCGUGCGCCAGAGCCUUGGAACAAGGACCUAAGAGGAAGUGAUGGGGCAGGAGGCUAACAGAUUCGCUUACACUUGCUGUCUGGAAAGAGACUAGCUAGCCGUCCCAGCAGCUGCGACGUACACACCUUCCGCGAGAUGAGGCGUGACUCACAGUGUCAUGCUCUGCCAGGAGGCUGGACGUGCAGAAGGAAGACUGACGAGUCUUUUGGUGGCAGCUGAUGGUGCUCCUGCUAAACAAGACUGGUUUACACGAUAUAGUCAAUAUUUGCUGAGUAACACACUAAAUGUGCUCUGUGAACAGUGUCAUCAGUGGGCUGGCAAAACAAAGUGGAGUGCCCAGUGCUGAGCAGGGCGGGUAUCUCUGAGGUGAAACACUCUUGCCAGCUUUGGACUUGCUGGCCGAUGCUGCUAACUCUGAGGGGCUCCUGGGAACGCGUCCGUGCCCCAGUUCCCCUCUCCCCUGCUCCAUUUCCUGCUUCCUCUGCUUCUUCUCCUGGGUUCUGCUUUUCCUACUUCUGUUAGCACACAUGCCACAAAAAGGGAAGGGGUAUCUAUUUCCCCAAAUGCCAGCUUAACAAGACUAAGAAAUCAUGGUGUCAAAUAAAUGUGGUUAAAUCUUG